AUGCAGCUUAGGUCGACGAAUCUUACGAUGCGACAGACGAUCAUCCGAAAUAAUUCCGCUACCUUCCAGGGCGGCGCUUUGCAUGCUUCGAUCCGAGCGAUUGCUACAUUAACCGAUUGUACCUUUGAAGGAAAUGUGGCUGGAGAAGGAGGUGGCGUGUACGCAAUGGGUUCAGCUGCAAUUACGCUGACCACUUCAAAUCUCACCGCCAAUAGCGCACGGGCCUUCGGCGGUGCUAUUUCAAUGAGAGGAAGUGCGGGUUUAACCAGCUUAGGAAGCUUCUGGCAAAACAACCAAGCGUUUACUGGUGAUAAUAAUGCAAGUGAUUUUGGAGCUGGGAUCUAUAUCGAUAAGAGUACGGAAGCGAGUCUUCAGAUUGUGGUCUGUAAUAGCUCAGAGUUUGACGGAAAUACUGCUGCAGCAGGCCCAGAUGUUUUCUGGAACUACUAUCCGUGGUUUGCAUUCGAAUUUGCGAACUCCAGCCUAACAAAACCGGGAUCAAGUGUUCUCUGGCCCACGAUUGUAGUUCGAGACUACUACGGUGCAAUUGCUAUAUACGACAACGUGACACGAUGCCGAGCUCUUUUGGCGAUUGGUGAAGAGGGACCGUUUUCUUUUUCUCCUUUGACGUGGGUCGCAGUUGAUGAAGGUUACGUGAUUUUCGAAGACGCGGCAGUACUGUCAAAAUCUAGAGACUACCCCUACAGAUUGGCCAUCAAUUGCACACUAUCUCCAGUUCUUCAAACGCAAAUAGUUGUCGAUGUGACCGUCGACAAGUGCAAUCCUGGCUACGAAAACGUCAACGGAUUAUGCCUCUCUUGCGAGAAAGGAACUUACAGUCUGGACGGCGAGCGAUGCUACUUGUGCCCUCCAGGAGCCACUUGCGAGCAGAAAGAUCAGAGGGGAACGACGACGGGAGUUGUUUCUCCUCAACGACAGCAAGGAUAUUUCGUUUCCAAGACUCGCUCCACUUAUGCUGCAUCUAGCUGCGACAACCCGGAGACCUGGCUAGAUGAUGAUCCGUGCAAGUCCAUUGGCGUAGCCAACCUUACUGCUCGUAUCCACCAGUGCGCAAGUGAAGAACCGGAUGUUUUUUACAAGUAUUGGAGCCGCACCAGAGUAUACUCCUGUCUCUCCGGAAACGAAUACUACGCUUGUGAUACAAAUGCCGCUUGUGUCGCGGCUUCAGCGUCUACGUCGUCUACGGUCUCUAUCAGCACAGCAGCUGUCCAGUCAUCAAGUCAAUGUGCAGUUGGGUACUCGGGUAUCAUGUGUGCUACUUGUGCCGAUGGCUACUACAAGGCCUCGAGCGGGGCGUGCAGGCGAUGCACGGACCCCAAAGAUCCGGCGGUGGCGCGAACUACCCAAAUGCUUUCGAUGUUACCCAUAAUUGUCGCCGUGUUCGCACUCUUGUUUCUGUGCUACCUGUUCUCAAACGCCGCUGAACAACGAGUAGUUAGUCAUGCUCAAGCGGCCAAAAAGUUCCAGAUUUACACUGGACAAUCGCGAGCUCGAGCCUUACUUCUCGCCACCAAGGCAAGCAUCCAACGACGGGUCCGCUCGAUGAUGCGAGCUGCAGCUAAGCGUGCUCGGUUUGGAAGACAGGGUCACCCUCAUCUCUUCCGGAUUGAACCCAGUGAUGCUGAAAUCCCAUCGUGGCGACCGGAAAAGUUCAAAAUUAUGCUGGGGUUCUUCCAGGUUAUCGGGAGCUUCGAAGAAGUGUACGAGAUCCCAUGGCCAGACACGAUGAGUCGUCUUAUGGAUAUCUGCUCUCUAGCAGACUUUAACUUUGUGGAUGCGACUGCAGCGGAAUGUAUGUUCAGGCGCGAUUACUUCUCCAACUUCCGCCUUGCUCUAUUUGCGCUGUUUGGACUACUUUUACUCGUGUUUUUAGUCACGUUUUGGGGAAUCUUGCGGUAUCGUGUCAAGCUCUCAACACUCCCACGACAUUGCGUGAGUUGUGGUCUACCAGUGUUCACUUUAGAGCAUCGCUCUCCACCAGUCCAAGCACGACGCGCGGCAUCUGGGAACCAGACAAGUGAAAAUGGCGAAUCGUGGCGGAUUGUACGGCUCGUUGUGCGGGCACUGAACUGGGUCGAUCGCAUCACGCAACUUCCAGCUUCGUUAUCCACCCACAAGCCUCGAUGUCCGACAUCCCAGCGCAUCAAAAAUGACGUCCUGGACAUGGUAGUGCACAGCAACCUGCGCCUUUGGCGCGCACGAGUCUGGAUGCGUCUCUACUACAAAGCCUACCAAAACAGGUGCAUCAAGCUCUUCUUCUGGGUCUUGCUGCUGUUCUAUCCGAUGCUGUGCCAGCGUGUAAUUGGCACUUUCUACUGCGACGAAAUCGGCGAUCACUACUAUUUGAGUCUUGAUCGCAGCAAUCUGUGCUACGAGGGAACGUGGCUGUACUAUCUCCCUGUCAGCACCACUCUGAUCAUCUUCUGGGUUGUUGGAGUCCCACUGUUGUUCUGGGUGAUCAUUUACAUGAAGCGGACGCGCGGCAUGCGCGAUACGCUUCUUCUGAUCCAAGAUCCGUCUCAACACUCGCUAAAGCAGCGUUUACUGUUCAAGAUGCGACUUGACAUCAUCGACCAAGGCCAAGUCGUGGACGAGGAAAAGAUUCAACUCUUCGAGACCGAGAUGCUCACCCACUUCUUGUGCGAUAGAAACUUGAACGAACCAAGCACAGUCGCCCAAGUAGGAUUCAUCUACCAUUCAUACUCUGCGCGCUUUUGGUGGUUCGAAGUUUGGGAUCUCGGCCGCAAGCUCUUGCUCAACUGCAUCAUUAGUCUUCUUGCAAAGGCUGGCGCCAACCGUGUCAUUUGUGGGCUUGUGGUCUUGCUCGUGUAUCUCUCCGUCAUGUUGUUCUACCAGCCGUACAAAGAGCCUUCGGACAGUGCUCUUGCAAGUUUGGUUCAUAUCCAGCUCUUCAUUACCCUGUUCUGCGGUUUGAUCUUAAAGAUGGGGUUGCUAUAUCUCGAGGAGCGAGUGAUUCGACUAGUGACGAAUGCGGCGAUCAUCACGAACAUGAUGACCUUGAGCUAUGCAGUAUUCAGCAUCCUCAACGAGAAACGCAACGCCAUUAAGAUGGCCCAACGACAGAGUCGAGAAGAUCAUCGACGGGCCAUUGCUGCUCACGUUCGGAAACUCUGGCGAAAGGCACUCGCUUGCUCGACGGAGAAGAUACGAACAAGACCUGAAUGA